AUGAACUUGGCGCAAACAGUAGCGCAGCAUUACAAUUGUCAGUUGCAGAAGUGGCUUAAAGCCGAACAUACCUCGGCACGAACCAACGCCCCACCCACGUCAGUCAUCGAAAAACCAGCCUCGGAGGAAGGCGGGGAACGUCGUUUCACAUGUUCCCCGUCGGCCAGCGAUUCACCGGUGGAGGCGCCGAAGCCGACAACCCCUCCCCGCAAAGAAUCGCCCCUCAAAGUGGCUGAAGGCGCGAGCAGGUCCUAUUCAAUGGAGGACCUUCUGCGGAGUGAUUCCUCCAACGGACCAGAAGUCGUCAGAUGGGAGAAACAGAAGUCACCGGUUUCGACGACGACGACGACGACUCCAGAGGCUUCGAAGGGGCCAGAGGGUAAGAAGAGACCGCACGAGGAAUUUCUCGCGGAGUUGAGUCGAACCGCCACCGACGCUCUCACACGAGCUCUAAGCAAACGACCGAAGCUUGUGGAGAGUGGACUAGGGCAAGAAUUGGAAGGCCUAAUCAGAGAAGCUAUAGAGACGAGUAUAGAUCGGUGCUCGUCAUUCAGAGCUGAAAGCGAUGAGCAGCGAUCCCAGCCAGACGAAAGCCAUCGCGUGCCAGAUCUCCCAGACGUAGAAAAGGCUGAGCCCUUGCCACAACACAACAGUUCUCUCAGCUUCCCGUCGUACGUUCCUUUGCCAACUGAGAUUAUGGGAGCCAUGGGAGGUCACAUUCAUGAAGUCUUCGGACAGUCCUUUUCUGCUUACUACAAGGCAGCGUGCCGAGUGUUGCAGACUCAGGAGAGACUCAUUCCACAUCCCCCCUCCAUGCUGUUCGGGUCAAGCAAAUUGCCAGAGUUAAAUACUUCGCCUAGACUGGAAGGUUCUAGGUUGGAACCAUACGUAGAAUUCCAGAAAAUGUCGCCGAACCACAUUGCCGGAACAGAUCAACCAAAUCACCAGACAGAGGCGCUUGCACUGGUUGUAAAUCGGAAUCGCGGGAGUGCAUUGUCACCGUCAUUCGACCAACCGCAUGAGAGUCUUCAGUCUUACGAGAACCCAUUGGUCUCGUGUGGGCCAAGACGGAAGCGAACCAAGGUCACAGACACGCGUCUGGUGCCACCUAAGAUGCCUCCUCAGCUGCCUAUGGCGUCGAUGGAGAGCGGCAGUCCGUUUGUCAUGCCGGAAACUCCGCGUUCGAAGACAGGCGAAGUCCUCCCGCGGAUUCCGCCUCCACAACCGCCGCCACCCCACGUGCCGCUAAACUUUGAUCCAGCCCUUGUAUCUGACAUCCUGAAGAGCUUGUCUAUGUCGAAUGGCUAUCACCAUCCUCCCUGUUCCACCUUCGACACCAGAGGACCCCUCCUGAUGCCUCCUGGCCGCCUCCCUUCGAUAGAUUUGCUUGGAAACCUUCCGCCGCCACCGCAUCCGCAUCAUCCGCCCGCCUUCUGCUACGACUUGCCAACCGCCUCGCCUGUCGUCGAUUCCACUCCGAUCAGGAGGAAUCGGUCGAUUGGGGGCAAACGGGUGACUAAUGCAUCGACGCUCACUUACGGAUGCGAUGCUAGAUCCUUUCUAUCGUCGAGUUCCGCGUCCGAUGAUGGUAACACCGGGCUCCAUUCGGGGUCGCUUGGAAAUACCGUGGCGACGACAAGCACUCUGACGCCGAUUCAUCUGCGGAAAGCCAAGCUAAUGUUCUUCUUCACGCGCUACCCCAACUCCUCGUUGCUGAAGGUCUUCUUUUCCGACGUCAAGUUCAACAAGAACAACACCGCUCAACUGGUCAAGUGGUUCAGCAAUUUUCGGUGGGUGUUCUUUGAGGCUAAGGCAACGAGUUGA